AAUAAAUUUUGUGAUACUUUGAGAUUUUCUAUUUAAGCUCUAAAUAUUUUUAUCUUUGUGUCGAGAAUCAAAAAAAUGUUGACAGCGAAGUUACCACUGCUUGGUAAACGGCAUCGCAUGCAGGUGCUGGUGGCGCUUACGUAUCACAUUAUGAAUUUUGCUCAUGGACUUGGUAUCGGAUGGGUGUCACCUACGGUGCAAAUAAUACAAUCGCCUGAGACACCGUUAAGCUUUCCCGUAACCGUAGAGCAAGUAUCAUGGAUAGGAUCGCUCUUCGGUUUCGGCUUUUUGAGUGGAAAUAUUCUAUUUGGCCUCACUGCCAAUCGCUUAAGUCGGAAACUGAAUAUGUAUUUAUUGGCGUUGCCAAAUAUGCUAUUUUGGAUCUUAAACUAUUUUGUACAAAAUGUAGAGUAUCUCUAUGCAGGCCGCUUCUUUGCCGGUGUCACCAGCGGCGGCUUGUUCGUUAUUGCACCGAUAUUUUUUAGCGAAAUCCUAGACAAAGAUGUUCGUGGCACACUCAUGUCCAUGGGUAUGAUGUUUCUCAGUUGCGGUGUACUAAUCGGCUUCAUUCUACCCACAAAAGUCGACUACUAUUUAACGCCGUGUAUUGGGCUGGCGCUACCCAUAAUUUACGUUGUGGUGUUUUGCUUCUUCCCGGAAACACCACAAAGCCUCCUGAGGAGUGGUCGAUUUACCGAAGCGGAGACAGCUUUCAAUUUCUACAAAGGCAUUGACAAUGGAGUUAACGUGCAGUUGAGUCGGAGAGUUGAGGAGUCGAAAACAGCAACGGAAGUACAAAGCGAAUUUGAAUUUCCUUUUUCAGAUCCUUGUGCAACUUCACUGCUGAAGAAAAGUACAAAAGCAAAAAUGGUGAGGAAGCAAGGAUUAACAAUUUUCAGCAAACGUUAUCGCAUGCAGAUUUUGGUAACACUUGCAGCUCACAUAAUGACGCUUUCCCAUGGCAUUGGUCUUGGCUGGCUCUCCCCAACACUCUUAAUAUUGCAGUCCCCACGAAGCCCUUUAGAAUUCAAAGUUGCCGUUGAAGAUGUGUCCUGGAUUGGUUCGAUUUUCGGUUUGGGUUCACUUAGCAGUAACAUAUUCUUUGGCCUCUUGGCGGCUCGCAUCGCAAGGAAGACAAAUAUGUACCUCUUGGCGAUACCACAUAUGCUCUUUUGGAUCCUUAACUAUUUUGCACAGAGCGUAGAGUAUUUCUACGCAUCGCGUUUCUUUGCGGGGCUAACCAGCGGCGGACUCUAUGUCAUUGGGCCUGUCUUUAUUAGUGAGAUUUCAGCUAAAGAAAUACGCGGCGCACUCACUUCGUUGGCAAUGAUGUUCUACAGUUGCGGCAUUCUAAUUGGCUUCAUACUGCCCUCUUACCUCGAUUAUCAUCUUAUACCAUGCAUCGUCAUUUUCCUAUCCAUAAUAUACUUUGCUGUAUUGUCCCUUUUUCCGGAUACACCCGGGAGUCUCUUGGAACGAGGUCAGCUGGAAGAAGCAGAGAAAGCUUUCAAUUUCUACAAUAACAUUGAUAGAAAGGGUACUGUAAGAGAAUUGUGCGUCAAUGAACUGCAAACGUCGACAGCGAUGAGUGCUUUUGAGGAGCUCAAGGCGUCAAAAUUAAAAGGAGGGAAAGCCACGUCCAUCACUUUGCAAGACUUUUUCAACAAGUCGGCUUUAAAGAAAUUUGCGAUCGCUUUUGUACUCUGCUUACAAAAUCAGUUUUCGAGCAGUUUCGCUUUCGUAAAUUAUAUGUCGCAUAUAUUUGCUGAAUCCGGUUCGACAUUAAAUCCACAGGACUGUACGAUCUUUGUGGGUGUGGUGCAGAUAUUGUGCACACUAUUGGCUUCCAUUUUGGUUGAAAAGUUUGGUCGUAAAACACUAAUGUUGGCCUCGACUGCUGGCAUGGCGCUUGGCAUGUUCGGCUUUGGUGCAUUCGUACAAUUCACCGAUGACGCAACAAAAGCCGAAUACAAUUGGGUUCCACUGGUGGCGGUUGCUUUUGUCACCGCAACAGCCUCUUUUGGCGUAAUCUCGCUGACCUUUACGAUAAUUGUGGAAAUACUGCCGGCAAAGAUUCGUGCUCAGGCUCAGUCGAUUGCAAUGAUGUUUUGCAGCAUUAUGGUCUUCAUCACGCUGAAGUUGUAUCCAUAUUUUCUCUUCAAUCUGGGCAUAUCGAUCACAAUGUAUUCGUGCGCCAGCUCGUGUGUGUUCACCGGAGUUUACUUGCUCAUAUUUCUGCCAGAGACGAAGGGCAAAUCAAUGGCGAACGAUUGAGAAACUAAUUAAGUUAUUAAUUAAUUAAUUGUUACGGAAGUUUGUUGAAUACGAAAUAGAGACAUUUAAUCUUUAAAUACAAGUAGCUUAGUAGCUUUGCGUGAAAAAUCGACAUCAUAUAGUUAGACCGCGAAAAAGCAUCGCGUGCUUAAUAACCCUAAAACUAAUAUUAAUAAUUUGAAAUAACCAAAAUGCAGUUGUUAUAGCAGAUCCUAUUAAAAACAUAUCACUGCUUACCAAAAGA